AUGUCCAUGUCCAAGGUCAUGUCGAACGACAGAGCAGCUGAGAAGCUGUCACACAUCCUUCUUAACUACCACUCCGGUAAGGACAGGGAGAAAGAACUGGCGGAUGUUCUUCAGGCCUUUGCUGUCAAGUAUCAUGAGCUCUCGCCAGAAGUUCUUCUUGGCACCACCGGGUUCGGCAAUUCUGACGACCACCCCAGCACACUGUGGCAUAAGUUCUUUGUCAAGUCACUCCAAAACAUGCUAAAGGAGCUUCCGGCUAAUGUCGACAAGCUGAAGGAGGCGGUUGAUGCGCUUGAGUACAAGGAGGAAGCGGCAGCUAAGAAACCCCCACCUUCCAAUAAGAGACGCGGCGUAGAAGAUAACGAAAAUGGCCGCAGCGUUCGCACUUUGGAAGCUGAAAAGCUCGUCAAGGGAGGAUCGUGCCGACAGCUGAAGGCUACGUGCUUGGACUACCUGUCGCCUGGCGUUGGGACCUUGACUCCUGUGCUUAAGCGCGAUGCGAUAUUUCCACUGUAUUUAAAGCUUUCAACCAUGAGCAAUCACUAUCACACAGCCUCAACGAUUGAAGCAAAGCUCGAUGUUAUUUUCCUUUCGCCCGCUCAGACAACCUCUCCGACAGUCAUCAGACUCGCCGCCAUUUCACUUUUAGUCAACAUGUCGCAACCCCAACCACGCGUGUUCACGCGGGAGCAGGCCAUAGAGAGUCUUGCGGAAAUGCUCAUCAAAGACAGGUUACCGACGGACCCAAGAUGGAAGGAAGCGCUCUCAGACGUCCUCAAAGACUUUGCCGCCCGAUACUGCGAACUCUCCCUGAAAGGAUGGGAUGGGCGAUUGGACCUAGACAUGCGAUUGCACAAGGACGCACCUAGCCAGUACUGGCAUGUGUACUUUGUCCAGUCGCUUCGCAACUAA